GGGCCGAAAUCCCAGCCGCUCAACAAUCAGCUGAACGAUGCUGGUGGUUUCUGAUACCCGGUGAUGGGGACAACGAGAUGAUCCUGUCAAUCUUCCGUGCGGCGAAUGGAAGCCAGAACUUUGAGAGAACCUUUUCUUGAUCUGGGCGUUCUCUCAUGACUGUUUCGAGACGUGUACCAUCGUCGCGCCGCUUGGUGCUAUGGCGAUCAGUCUGAGGCGCGUUACUGUCGCCGUACUCGCGGUUUACAUCGCGCUGACCUGUUACACUGCUUACGUGCUUAUCUCCAAAAACUACGGCUCCAAGCCGAAGGACAGCGGUCGGAAAGGCUCGUCCCGCAUGUCAGGAUCCAAGGAUGGGGCGGAAUGGAAUCCAUGGGGAGAAGAGCUGAGCCGGAGCAACUCGUCACAUCUGGCCCACACAAUUGAGAUAUGGGGCAAGGCAGCCAUAGGCCUGUACCUGUGGGAACACAUCUUCAAUGGCAAGUUGGAACAAAAGGGAGAUGGAUCAUGGAGCUAUGGCUUUAGGAAGGUCGGCAACCUCAAGUUCAAGUUUAGGACUGGCCCGUGGAUCGUGCCGACGACAGUGCCCCAGGAUGUGACGCACGUUGUCCUGGUGCUGAAUGGACGAGAGCCAACCAAGGUAGCAGCGGCCCGGACGUGGCUGGACGCACUGCCCACCUUCCGCCGACUCAAAGGGGUCGCUGUCGUCCUGUUGGGAGACGAGGCCUGCUCCGGAAACACAUGGCUACUGCCCUACCUCAAGUCGCGUGGUGGCAGGGUGUCGGCUGCAUUCAUUGUCUACGACACGCCCCUGGUGGAUGAUCUCGAGGUCUUCCAGUGGCCCCUAGGCGUUGCCACGUACCGUGGGUUCCCCAAGGCCCCCAGCACACUCCUGGCAUCCGAGGGUCAGCGCCCUUAUCCGUGCAACUUUGUGGGCACCGUCUACCCAGGAUCAUCGCGGGAAGAGCUGCUGCGUGUUCUUGGUGACCGCGGUGCCCCCUGCUACUUGAACACACGCAACGAGUGGCGGCCCCUGGAAACCAAGGAGUCGCUAGAGUCCUAUCUCUUGGCUCUCAAGCUGAGUGAUGUCACGCUCAACCCAGCAGGCAAGAAUCCCGAGUGCUACCGCAUUUAUGAAGCGCUGGAGUUUGGCUCACUGCCUGUGCUGGAGGACCGGACGCUGUCACCGGGUUGCGCUCGCGCAGACGACGCCAACGGAACUUUCCGUCUGCUUAAGAAGCACAAGGCUCCGCUCGUGUAUGUCAAAAACUGGACAGCAGAAUUGAUGCCCAUCCUGGAGCGUGAGAUUGCCAUGAAACCCAAGGAGCGGGCAGACAGAAGGCAGGCCCUGGUGUCAUGGUACACAUCCUUCAAGCGCGCCAUGAGGGACAGGUUCAUACAAGUGCUGAUGGACAAAUUCUUCAUCGAGGAGAUCAACGAUACAUGACGAAAGUCGAUGAUGCGCAGCAUCUAUGACACGCUAAGGACUAUGGUCUUGUCCUGGUGAACGUCCACGCGACGGUGCGUGACAGCUAAUAAUGCGUAGCAUCGAGCACGCACCAAGGCCUGCAGCUUCAUCCCAGUGGUAGCUGAAACGCUGGCUCAUCUGAGUGCAACAGUGAUGGAUUACAAUGCCAAGCAUGACUCUAUGUGCUGUGUGGUGCCAAUUGUUCUCUUUUCGGUGAGAACUCAACAACGCAGGUGUUAGCUCAAGGGGCAGACAAGAUGAAAUGCAUCUAAAUAGCAGUGUGACACCUGCUUAAACAUCUUGCCACAACGUCUUCCGUGACAAUAAUUUCGUGUAUGUGUGCAGCUGUCUUUCUGGUGAAAGUGUCAAGACAGUGUGUCAAGUACGAGUCAUCCGUAGAAAUCAUCGAACGUGAAUAAGCUUGGCCUUGUUGGACAAGGUGCUGAUUGUUCGCACCGUGCCACAUGGUGACUUUCAGCGAGUGAUUUCUGCAUGUCAGAAGCAGACUUUUAACUUCUCUGUCAAGAUUUUAGUCGCAAGGGUGACCACGCUGCUGCAAGUGGUCGUGGACCUCAAGAACUGCACCAUGAAAUGUGUAUAUUAGCUUAGUUACUGAAAGCAUCAGUAAGACUCAAAAUCAAUGUGAAGUGUCUAUAGUGUCUGCAACCUUCUUGCUAGUCUUAUGUUUUCUAAACGGUCAGUGGCCAUCUAUUGUUCAGAAGUGGCAUUCCACUGUGACGUGGAAAGAACGCAACCCACUCAUCAUUUAUACUGUGAGACGAAGGCUAACUGAGCCACAGAUAGUUUAUGCAAAGCAGCAGAACAUUCCUUGAAUGAGGAAUGUGCUAUGGGUAAGUGCGCGUGAUAAUGAUGAUGCAUAUGCAGACUGCUCGCUAUACUAUUGCGACAGCAAAUUGUACGGACACUCCAAGCACAUUUACGCCAUCGGCAUUAUUGUGCUGUCCGGCUAUCGACGGCGCAUGCACGAUGGAGGAUUAAUAAGUCUCCAGAAACAGGAAGCAAUGUUUUUAUGUUACUUUCAGUUUUGAAAGCUCUGCUAAAGCAAUGCACAGGAAAGCAGCCCCUUUUCGAAAAGUUUCCACUCACAAUGUGGCACUGCUGUCGCUGUCAGCCUGGAGAGCGCGUGCUCGGUAGCCAUCACUACUAAAUCUCAUCCGCUAUCGUGCUGGGAAUCAACACGUAGAAUUCAAAUUUGUGGACUCUUUUUGAGUAUCAGGUAAGAACUUCAGUCUCAGAGUUAAAGAACAGUUAGGCAUUAUCAAUAAGGGUAAGAUAGCAAGCUGAAGCAAGGUCACGAAAAACUGCAAUAUUUUACUUGCUUCAUGCUUUAUCCAUCACAUCGCAUUUGCAGUGUUUAUCCUGGAUAAUGUAAUGUCUGUUUGCAUUGCACUAGUGUACUAAUGCAUGAAACAUUAAAGAAAAGUUAGAAAGAGAGAUGGUCCGUUAUGUUUUGAGACCACAGUUGUGAAAUUCUGCGCUCGGUUACCGACGCAUAGAACACAGCACGGACAAGAUCAUUUUGCACAUUCAUUUUGGGUAUAUUUAUUUCAGUGCACAUAAAUCAAGCAAAAAUUGAAUUCAUUCACACUUGGUUGGAAACAUGGAAAGAAUGGCUACUGAAGAUGAGCUUUCUUUUUUCUUCUUAGGCAACACUCCAUGCGGCGUAGCUUUCAAACUGAAAGUAAUUUAAAAGCAUUGACGCGAAUUGCAUUUGGCUCCAAAGGCGAUGAAGCCAAGUGGACACACCGUCACGUUUCGCUCACUCAGCUCUGCCAGAACCAGGGCAGCGUGUUCUGGCUUCCACUUCUGGAAUGAGCAUUAUGUACGUACACAGCGUUCAUACUGAGCAGCUGUGUGCACUGCACACUGUGCUUAAUGUCAAGCUAAAUGUAUGUAAUCCUUUCUUUGGACACUGACCAACACUGACGGUUUUCCUUCAGUCUCAUCUCGGGUGACAGCUGCAAGACCGCUCUCUUCAUCAUGCCAGCAUUCUGAGAUGCUUUCAGCUCAGAGCCGAAGGAAUUACUGAAGUCUUAUGUUUUUUAAAAAGUCGGAAUCAAAAUAGCUUGGAUGAUCUAUGUAAACUACCAUGUUAUGUGGACACAAAAGGAGUUGUAGAUGCAACAAAGGCCUCAAGAGUUGUACCCAUUGAGAAUAUGCUAUGUGUUAAAAUUAAUUUCUCCAGUGAAAUUACCAUUAAGAAGCCAAAGCUGCAGGACUAUCACCAUUUUGUUUGUCUGCCAUAUUGCUGUGCAGUUAAGCUUGUUAUUCAGUGAAUGCAUUGUUUGAAUGUAGUGAUACCAUACUCGUGAAUCCUUGUACAGUCCUUGCGUGUUCAGUAGGAAUGAUAAAUAGUAUGGUAGUUUAAGUUCAAAAUGAUUCUUCAGCCCAUGGUGAGAAGAUUCACAGACAAUGUCUUUAUUCUAGCAAAGGCUAUCCAAGAAAAGUAAUUUGUAAUUCAUUUCAAGUAAUUUGGAUUCCAAUAACGUACUUCACUGACAGUGAACACAAGUCAUUGAGUUGUUCUACUACAGAGCAAAUGAUAAGCGUCAUUCUCCUGUGGCAGCCAAUUUCAAACCCGCACCAAGCCACCCAGAUGCAGCUGACUGGCUGACUUGCUAACCACCAAGAAAUUGCCAAGGUGCAUGUAGUAGUAUCUGUGAUGUAAGUGUGCUCUAUGCAGCCGCGGAGCAUGUGCAAUUCUUGAAAGCACGAGAAAAUACACUCGAGCAUCGCUGACACAUUCCUCUCGUUCGUCUUCUGUGUUAUAACGUUGAUGAAGCCCGCUCACCGUGACAGUCACAGCACGUUCAGCAUGUUGACAUAUGUUACCUUGGUAGCUACAUUCUAUUUAACCAGUUCCAUGUGAAAAGCAUAUUAGAAGAGUAUGUGCUUGCCUGUCAUCGAAACAGGAAGUGUUAGCAGCAUUUUGUAUGCUGUAAGACAGGGUUUGCAAGUAAUGAGGAAGCAGAAAGAAACGAGAAUCUUAGGCCGGACCACACCUGUAGUUCACGUAGGUGGUUGGCAUAGCCCCCACAGAAAGGUGCACUGCAAGAUAUAUUGAGACCUAGGAACAACAUACCGUUUUGCAUACACCGUGAAAGCUGCAUCUCAGUGCCUGGGUCACCAAGACCUUGCAGCAUGUGCAGAAGAGGCCAAAGCACAAAUCGAAAGGCAUAAAGAUGCAGCAAUGCAGUAACCGGAGGCCAAGGCAAAAUGAGGCAAAUUGUGGAAAAGGAGUCAACUAUGUGCAAUAUGUAAGCUACGCUGGUGUAUUUAUAAAAUGCUGCAGCAGGCAGCUUCAAAACCCAGUCAGUCUUAGUCUUCUUCUCUUGAGCAUCCUGGCACAGACCACACCGUGACAAUAUAUCGCAAGCAGUAGCACAAAAACUGUACACUUUUAAAAGCGAAGCUUUUCUUUGCAAACCUUGCCCAGUUUCGUGACCGUGGCUGCGGCCUGGCUGUUUCCUUGCUGAAUGGACCAACCAAUCACAAUCGAGCAUGCGCGCUGCAUGCACCGCUGUGUCCCCUGCAGCACCGCCAGAUGGCGCUCACCUCUGUGCAUCUGCAGCAGCGGCGGCACUGGCCGUGCGGGGGAAUUAAAAAAAAAAGAACCAGAAAGGUCACCUUCGCGCAUCUGCGGCUGCACAGUAAUGAGGAAGUAAAUGCUGCUUGCGGUUAGAAUGGAUUUGCAUUGCGCUACGUACGUAUGCGCAUGCUACCUCUGAAACCAUGAUGCGUUCAAGGCAUCCAUCGUACUCACUAGUAGUCAGCAAAACAAAAGGCUCGGUAUAAUUCGUGUGCACCCGCACUUGUGUGCGUACUCGUGUUUCGACUUUUUAUGCACUCACAUAAAGCUUCGCUGUAUAUAGAUUCCAACUCGUUGGAUCAGCUGCAAUCUUUUUUUUUUAAAUAAGAACCUUCUUUACCUUGCACAUUUCUGCAGAUCUAAUUUGCAUACUCACCAUAUCUCUGCACUUCAGGUUGUCAAUUAAUUCAGACUUGCUCUGAAAUCUGCUAGCCUCCUCGUAAAAUCCUGCUGUCCUGGUUGAGCUCAGAUGGUAGAGUGCCUUCCCCAGAAAGGUUGUGAGUUCGAUCCCUGAACCAGGACAAAUACUUCAAUGGCAAAGCUUGCUUUCUGAAAUACUACCUGUAUGGGUUUCCUUUGUAGCUUCAGGCUACAGUCGAGUGGACGACAUCUUUUCCCUUUAAUAAAAACUUACUCAAAUUUGUGGAUUUCUGCAGUGCUGAUUUUGCAUAUUCUGUGUGCAAUAUGUCACCAGCUUUUUAUGCCACUGCUUUGCGCUUUAGGAAAAACUGAAAAAAGCUUAUUUUUAUGCCUGAAAAUGAGUACUAAGGAACAUGAAAGAAAUUAUUAGAGCGAGCCGUGAGACCGGUGCACUGAAAACUUACUUUAUAUGACUACUCUCUGAUGGUAUUCAUUAGGAGCGCCAGUGAAAAAUGUCAGUUUUAACUUGGUUGUGAUUCAGCUCCUCAGAAGAAUGACAGUGGUCACAUUAUGUUGAAGACUCUGGUCCUGAAAGUGAGCUAUUUAAACCUCCUAACUAAAUUUUUUCGGCAUGUUACAUUAUCUUCACAUGCUUUCUGGUGCAUCUCUAGUGUGAUGGGCAUUAACGCCCAUUUGUUCCCAUUUGUUUAACUGUUUUCAUGUCAGUGGGGAUUCAUCAGACUAAUUAAGAACAUGUGAAACAUCAAGCAGCAUCUUUUUGAUUUGGAGGACUGAUUCAAAUAGACUGGUAUUCAAUUUGUUCUUUGAAAGGACUCGGUUUUAAUAUCUGCCUCCUGUUUAGUAUGUGCACAAUAUGAACAAGUUGCUAGUCAUGAAAUAAUGCAAGGUAUCUUUUGUCACUAGAUGACCAGAAGGCAGCUGUGAGGUGGCAACCAUUUGCUGUGGGCUGAGGCAUAUCAUCUCACCAAGAGAAAAUUUUAAUGUGCAGCUACCUAUACAAAAGGUUAUAUCUGAAAUGUUGGUCAGCGCUUUUGAAGUACUCAGUGUCUAGAUCACUUGGCUUCUUGUAAAUGUGUGUAUUGAGCCUUGUAAAAAGUGAUGCAUUUUGGAAGGAGCCAGCAGAAUAGCAAGAACCUGUGGGACGGAUUGCAGACGACUGUGCUGACAACUGCAAUCUUUGUCCAGUGCUGUAGGCUGCACUUAGUCUUAACAGCAAGCGAGUGAACCGUUUCAGACAUUUUUUCAGACUGGUGGCUUCGGUCUCCUAUCAAGAUUUGUGCCUGAAUUCCCUUCUUUGUGAUGAUUAUCUUUUAAAUAGCAUGCGCUGGGACAAAAACAUGCGCAUGCACUUGUAUUUGUAUGUGUUAGUAACGGAGACAUCGAAUUGUGUAAGUUACACAUCCAUUUAUCUUUUUAGCAAUGAAUUCUGGUUGUUCGACCCAUCCCUGCAAUGGAUGCUCGAGUUUUUUACGCCAUGUUUUUGUAUUAUGUACAUCAGACUUCGGUCUGCAAAUAAAGGGGUUGAAGUU